CGGAUGUAGUUGGCUAAGGAAAUUAGAGUUUUUGGUUGGUACAACUAGCAGGCUGUAAAAUCACGAAAUCUACCUCCAAUAAAUAAUGUUGAAGUUUAUUUGUGAAAUAUGUUAAACAAUCGAAUGGAUUUACAUGAUGGCAAAAUGUCGCAAGUUUGGAGAAAAUGACGAGGUGACUUGCUUAACAACAGUGGCUUGGACAUUUGUGAUAUGAUAAUCACAAAAGACAAGUGUGUAAAAUGGACUGAAGUAAUUAGUUGCUAACUAUUGAGAUGUGCUACUAGCUGUACAUAUAAAACAUAUAUGACCAAUAAGCACUUUAAGUUGUCUUUGCCUACAAAUCACCAAUCUACAUGAACAUCAUGUACUAAGAAAUAAGUUGUUACUGUUUGCAUGCUCUGUCGUCACUUUAAGGUCAAUUCACCUCCACAUACAUUUGUUUUGCUAACCACACAUAAACAGAGCUGAUCAUGUCACUAGUAGAGCAGUCCCAAAAGUGGUUCCCGACUCAUGUCCAAGCCACUGUUCUUCAAGCAACUGACCUACAAGCUAAGAGUAAGAAUGGCACCAACGAUGCCUACACUAUCAUUCAGCUGGGAAAGGAGAAGUACUCGACAUCUGUGGCAGAGAAAACACUCAGCCCAGUGUGGAGAGAAGAAGCCUCCUUUGAACUGCCAGGUCUGCUUCUGGAGGGCAACCCAGAAAUCUACGAACUAUGCCUCAUCGUGAUGCACAGGUCCCUGGUGGGGAUGGAUAAAUUCCUGGGCCAGAGUACCAUCAAUCUCAAUGAGAUUUUUGAUAACAAGGAGAGAAGGAAAACUGACUGGUACUCUUUGGACUCCAGGCCAGGGAAGAAGAGGAAGGAGAGAGGGAAGAUCCAGGUCAGCAUCCAGUUCAUGAGGAACAACAUGACGGCCAGCAUGUUCGACCUUUCCGUAAAGGACAAGCCCCGCUCGCCCUUCACUAAACUCAAGGACAAGCUGAAGGGUCGCAAGCACGAUGGUGGCUUCUCCGACACCUCCUCAGCCAUCCUGCCCCGCUCCGCCAUGUUUGACUCGGAGACCCUUCGCCAGCCCAGUGCUCCGGACCAUCAGCCCCAGCCAGAGCCCAAAAUCAAGAGACACUUACUGGCCGGCUCCCAUAAGCUCUCCGCUGCCCACUCCAUGUCCGACCUCAUUGGCACCCACUUCCGCCCCAAGCUGGACUCUAUGAACUCCAUCGAGGAGCUGGAGAAAGGGAGUGGUGCCGCCCCUCACAGGCGCUCCCAGAGUGAGGUGCGAGGCUACCAGAACACAGAGGAACACUGUGACCCUUUUACUGAUAUCAGCGAUGGCCUGCCGCAGAAGUACGCCACCCUUCCUCGCAACCGCAACCCAUUUGAGGUGGAGCAGGGCCAGCUGUGGGACCAAGGGGAGAAAAAGGAGAAGAAGGAGAAGGUCAGUCUACUUGAACGUGUGACCGGGAAGAAGGAGGGACGCAAGACCGACGGGGGGCGUUCGGGCAGCUCUGGAGACCUGCGCUCGCCCAAUCCCUUCAACAGCAACUCUCAGGGCGACAUCCAACCAACCAACCCCUUCAGCUCACACUACAAAGCAAGUGAUAAAAAGCCCACCAGCAAUGAAGACAUCCGAAAGGCGAGAGAGAAACAUGGCAAGAAAAAUGAGACAAAGCAGCCGAGCGUGGCCUCCUAUAGCAACUUGUCUUUUGACGAGGUGGUGCGUGAGCUCAUCAAGCAGAAGGAGGUGGUGAAAAAGAAGGACGCGCAUAUCCGUGAACUGGAAGACUACAUUGAUAACCUGCUGGUCCGCGUUAUGGAGGAUUCGCCGAGCAUCCUACGGACACCCUACGAGCCCAACAGGAAAGCGGGGAAAAUCUCAAAAAAGAAGUAGAGUCAAGGUAGAGAAAGGUCAAAAAUAGAGGCUUGUAAACAGUAAUGUCUCGUCCUAGCCAUUUUUUCUAAUGUAUUGUGGGUAUGGAACAAAAAAUGAAGAGAAGGGGGAUUGACCAAUGCCAAAUCAGUCGUUUUUGAUUUCUUUACAGUAACUGCAUUGAUACAGCUUAUACGUUUUUAUAGGUUUUGUAUGCUGUGAUUUGAGUUUACACCAGUUUCCCCAGCAGAAUAUUAUUGUGGAGUGAAGUACAUCCGAUGACAUAAAUAUUUGACUUGCAUUAUAACUAACCCCAUGGCUGUUCCAUUAUGAUAGGUAGACUAACCUCUGAAUCAGUUGCUCUAUGUUGAUCCACUCAUCCAUUUUAAUUGUAUACCUCCUGCUCUGUUGUUUGCAUGGCAUUCUUUUUGUUUUUCAAAUUCUGGUGAAUUGAAAGAAUGGGAAAUUACAUAAUGUAUCUCACAAAUUCAUCAGAAUACCUUAGCAGAAACCAGUGGGAUUCAAAUGAGCUAUCACUGUGUUGACUACGUUUUACCAUUUAUUAUGAGAUGAUGAAGAACAAACUAGUGGGGUUAUACCAUGCCUGACCGUUCCCCAAGGCCUUUAAUAGUGUAUCCAUGGCAUACACUAUUAAAGGCCUUGGGAAACGGUCAGGCAUGGUAUAGCCCCACUAGUGCACUUUCACACGUAACAUGAAAAUCCCAGACAGCUUCUGGAGCGGUUGUUUGAACAUAGAACCACCAAGCUAGAUUUGCGUUUAAACACUAAGGCUAUCUAGAUUUAAUUAAAUAUUUAAAGGAUGCACCUCUUCACCUCUCACAAAUCAGUUGUACUGAAAAAUUGCACGAUUUAGAUUAAAAAAAGAAUGUCCUCGAGCUUCUAGUAAAGAGAGAAACAACUUCUCUGAUUAUGACUAAACUUAUGCCUCUUUUAGCCUCUCCAAGAGGCUAAAAUCUCUUGAUUAGGUUGCUUUACUUUACUGACUUUAUUGUCCCCAUGGAAGUUUUGUUGCAGUGUCAUGUACACGUUUAAAGUAGCGUUUAAAUACAAAACAAAUUGACAAUACAACUUUCAUAGCAGUUGCAUACCAAUAAAAAGAGACUAGCCUACUGGCCUUACUGGGUCAAUAGGAACAUUAGCCCGAGCUAUUUAGGAGGGAUAUCACACCUGGCACAAAUGAUUGUCUAGUUCUGUUUUUCCCGCCGAGGGGUGCCCUAUACCUGCGCCCAGAAGGGAGUAGUUCAAAGUCGCUAGGUGUAGAACUAAGGUUACUAUACCCCAUUUAUAAUUGCUAACUGACUGGAGAAGUUUUGUUUAAAGCCCCGACGCUCAUUCUGAACGUUUAAAUGCAUCGCUUGCGGUACGGUUUUGUGAAACAUAAACAUAUCUUUCAUAUCAGUGAGAAAUAAUUUUCAAAAAACUCAAUGUUUAUAGGGUUAGGGUUCCCACACGGCCAUAUUUCCAUGUUGCAGUGCUUUUUUACGGAAAACAGAAGGAAGACAGAGGUGUACCUGUGCUAAUUAGAUAUCUACCUGUGAGUAAACGGAAGAUGGACGCCACAAAAGAGUUGUCACUGAAAAAUAUGUGUUAAAACACUGUACAGUAAGUGUAUAUUUUGCAUUUGUAAAAUUAUUUUGACGUGAUAAGGAAGAAGAGGGUUUUAUGUUUCUAGAACCGUACCAAAAUUGAAAAUCGAUUCACGUUUUGAAGAAGUAUUUGGCUGUUUUGGCUACCAGAGCUAAUUUGCUAACAGAACAUGUAAGGUCUUCGGACUAUAAGGAUUAACGUUAGUCCAUUAUUGAGGUACAGUUGCUAUAGUAUUUUAAUACAAGGGUCUACUUUUUUAUUUGAUUGCGUGCCUCACUUUUCAAACAAAAUGUAUCCAUUAAACAGUUAAUCAAAUGUAUAUGGCCUAAGUGUUAAAACGUAUCCAAACAAUUGUUAAAUAACCAAAAGGUCAUGGUCUAGGGGUGUGGAUGAGUGUAUCUGUGUGGGUGUGCGCGUGAAUAAGUGUGUGGUGCGGAGACUCGGUGCAGGUGGUCAGUCCAGAUCAAGUGUUCCGGAUAUUUUAAAUUUAACUAGGCAAGUCAGUUAAAAACAAAUUCUU